AUGUCGUUAAUUUUCCGGAUAAUCAAUCUGCUAGUCGGGUCGGGUACUUGGGCAAAAGCAUGCGUGUCUGCUGGAGGAAUUAGCAUCAAUGACACUGUCUUACAUGUAACUGUAAAAGAUCUACCAUUUGGAGGGGUCGGGGAGAGCGGGAUUGGGGCUUACCAUGGCAAAUUCUCGUAUGAGACGUUUAGCCACAAGAAAGGUGUUCUUUACCGAAGCUUUUCCGGGGAUGCGGAUCUUAGAUAUCCUCCUUACACACAGAAAAAGAAGAUGGUGCUGAAGGCUUUGCUCUCUUCAAACAUAUUUGCUGCCAUUUGGGCUUUCUUUGGGUUCUCUCAAGACUCUUCAUGAUCACAUGUGAUAAUCACUGUAACUUGAUGGCAUUAUACAAGCUUAUAAAGUUGAAUACUUCCAUAGAGAUAUAAAGGAUCAAUGUGAAAAUUAGGUUAUAAAUAAAAAUGCUUAUAUUUACUUUACA